AUGAAACAAGAACUUGUACCGUCUCCUGACGACCUGCUGAGUGAUGCUUCGAGCUUCUACGGUGAUGACGAGACCAAGAAUGCCUAUGCGAAGGAACUGAAAGAGUUCAACGUGCUUGAUUUCUGGAGUACCCACGCCGUCAACUACCAGUUCCUCGCGAUUCGCGAGAAGGCUGGCUCGCCUGCUGUCGAUGUGAAGAAGCGGUCUUCCGACGAUGACAGCGGGAAGACAGGCUCGAGCAAGAAAAUCAAGUUGAGUCCAAGUAGUAAGCGUGUCAAAAAUGAAGACGCUAUUUCGCACAAGACCACGAAAACCAGCGAGGAUAAGAAGGCGGUAUACUUCCACAACCGCCUCGAAGGGACCGCCAGCGGCAAGCAGACCUCUGAAUCCAUCGAUGACUUCAUCUCGCGCCUCCGUCCUUCUACGCAUACCAUCAUGGACGUCGGUGACGGCUGGAUCUGGUGCGCAAAUCCGCACCUCGAAGCGCCGCGAGAAGCCACCAACAAGGAGGACUUCAUAGAAGUUGGCUACCAGCUCCUCGAGGAUCUAACGCAGCAACGAGCCAAACUCGAAGAGAAACAUCCCGACAAGCCGCCCGGCUCGAUAACUCGUCUGCUCAAAGGACCACGUGAGUUCACGGAAUCCGAAAUCGCCGACGCCUGCAAACGCUACAAUGUAGUCCAUGGGAAGUGGAUGCUCUUCCCGCACCGUGACGAUGUCGAUCAGGUCUGGCACACGGUCGCGCAAGCCACGUGGGAUGGAGAGUUGGGCGACCUGGCGAAAGUCGCGCCGUAUGAUCCCCACGACCAGAAACAAGAGCAGCUGAUUUGUGUGUACACGAAGGACUUCUCUGACAUAGAUGACGUCAAGCGAGUGCUGAAGGCGAUGAGGAGACUGGGACUCGUCAAGGGCGGAGACACAUCGAAGGCAAUCUACUAUAAGAGUGAUGCGUACACGUAUCUGGGCUUGACCAGUGGGAAUGAGUGGAAGAUCAAAGCGAGCUUGUACAGUAGUCGGGACAUGUUCAAGGAGAUGGGUGGGCCGAAGCAGAGGAAGAUACGAUGA